GGAUAACAUCAUACAAGUAAUCAUGAGAUCACUCACAAGCUGUCAAGCGUCAGACAUGGAGCUGCUGUUUUGGAUUUCUCUCGUCCUCACCAACCUGCCAGUAACGGAGAGUAUGAGAAAAGUAAAUGCCUGCUUAAGACAGCCACAGAAGGAGAUCUUGAAGGAACGAGGACAAGUCGUCGUUUUGCCUUGUAAUGGCAGUUCAGAAUGCUUAGCCAUUGGCGUGCGUUAUGAGUGGUUUCUUUUCAAAGAGCACUCACAUCUUCGUCUCAACCUGCAGGAUAAUCCUCUCAAAUACACAUUGAAUGGAGCAUCAUUACGCAUCAAGUCACUUCAGAAAAAUGACAGUGGAAUCUACCACUGUGCUGCAGUGUGUUCUGAACUCGCUGCAGAGAGUGGCACACAGCAUGUUGGGCCGGGUACAGUUCUCACAGUGACAGGAAAGGUUAAAACAGUGGCAAGCAACAUUCUUCUAUGGUCAUCAUUUGUCCUGUUGGUCAUCUACAGCAUAGCAAUUGUGACACUCAUCAUUUUAAAAAAGCACGGCCGCAAGAACUACUCAACUACAACAACAAAGUUCCAUGAUGUGCUGCAAGAAAUGAACAGCAGGAGGAACUUGGAAAAGGGCAAACAAACUGUGGACCAAAGCAGUCUCCAAGUUGAGGCUGCAAAUGCCAAAUUCAACAGGUCAGCUGAUGACAUCUAUCAAAACGUCUAACUGAUGGUCAAAGAGAUUAAUUGGCAGCCAGACCUUUGUCUUCUCAACUGGGGAAAAUGCAAGUCAUGAAACACCAGGACACUCGCGUGACUGAGGAAAUUGACACAUCAGCAGAGGUUGCUCACAGUUUCACAUGUGGCGAAAGGCGGGGUUCACCCAGGAUAGAUCGUCAGUCCAUCAUAGGGCCAACGUACAGAAACAACCAUUCACUCUGACAUUCACACCUACUGUCAAUUUGGAGUGUGGAAAGAGGCUGGAGGACCCAGAGAGAAGCCACAUGCUUAUGGGGAGAACAUGUAAAUUCAUAUAAAUCAGGCACCAAUGCUAGCCACUGCACCAAAACUGCCAGUUUUAGCACAAAAAGUGGGGCAAUAUGUUACGGAAACAUCAUGUCGACAGAUUCUGCUCAGUUAUGCCCUUUUCGUCCUUUGCAAAGGUGAAUAUUAAUAUAUAUUUUAAUUUUGUGAAUAUAAUGUGAAAUGUAAGCAAUUAAUUUAUAUAUAUAUA